AUGUGCAAGAAAAAUAAAAAGAGCAUUCAUCAUGUUGGUAGCGAAUCGUCCGAUUCGUUCUAUGACUCUUAUAAUUCCUCGUUUGACGAACACUGCAAUCCCGUAACAGAAGAAAAGAAAUCAGCCAGUCCCAAAACCAAAAUUGAGCUUUUGGGGCGCACGCUUAAAGUUGUAAUAGACACUAGAUGUUCUGUGAAUGUCACUGGUAUCACAUCGGCACCAGAGGUUUUCCAAGAUACCGUUCGUCAACUCGUUGUACCUGUCAAGAAUGCUGUGAACGUUAGUGAUAGAAUGUUAGCUGUGACGUUUUGGUUUUUGGAAGAUGGAAGGAAGUGCAAGGGACUUCGAGCAGAUCCGAGGAAGAUCGAGGGCGUAGAAAAGCUUGUUGAUCCCUCCAGCAAGGACGAGGGUUCAAAUAGAGAAACCACGCCUAGGCUGAAUUUGCUAAAAUCUAGUUUGCAAUCUCCAAGCCAGUCUAAAACUGAUGUUGCUCUUCAGCCAUAUAGGCAUGUCUUGCCGGUCAUAAGCGUGACUGAAGAUGGCAUUUUACUGUGGGGUAAUCGUAUCCUUCUGCCAUUGUCUAUACAGAAAAAAGUCUUCAGCUUGGCUCCCCGGGGUCAUUCUGGGAUGGAUUCUGUAUUCUGUCAAAUGAUGCUGAUGAAAGAUGUUCACCGAAUCCUCAACACACGGUUUCCGAUCAUCGAAAGAUUUAGGAAGUACAGCAAAAAGGAUGUGCUGCCAGACAUUGUAGCUGGAAUCACAGUAGGCCUCAUGCUCAUUCCGCAGUCGAUAGCGUACGCUUCCCUGGCCGGCCUCGAUCCGCAGGCUGAGAAAAAAAUAACAAUAGAGGAUUUAUUUGAAAUUGCCUAG